UAAACAGGAAAUGACACGAACACGUCCUUAAAGCAACUCAUGAUGGAAGAGGCUUUAUUGGAACAUGCAAACUCUGCGUUUAAAAUGAAGAAUUUCAUUGAAGCGGAGAAGCUAUACACUCGAUUUAUCACUUCAUGUUUACAGUUCAGACAGUGUCAAGCUGCAGAUUUGGCCACAGCUUAUAACAACCGCGGACAGAUAAAAUACUUUCGGGUGGAUUUCUACGAAGCAGUAGAUGAUUAUACGUCUGCUAUACAAGCUAAAAGUGAGUUUGAGAUACCUCUCUACAACAGAGGAGUCAUCCACUACAGACUGGGUUUUUUCGACAAAGCCAAGACUGACUUUGAGCAGGUUUUAAAGCUUAAUCCUGAGUUUGAAGAGGCCAAAGUGAGCCUCCAGCAGACCCUCCUGGACCAGCAGCAGAAGAUAAACCGGGGAUACUGACAAUCCUUUGGAACCGCACAGGACAUAUUUUCAGGACAUCAUUUUAAGAACAAACAAACAUAUUUUUAUCAUAAUCAUAAAUUAAUAUUUCUAAUGAAAUAACAUAUUUAUUAAUACAUAUUCAACCAACUAAGAUCAGAGUAUUCUUCAUGGAAAUAUUCUCCCCAACACUGACUGUUAAUCUGUUUUUUGUUUUACAUAUAUAUUUUUUAUUUUAAAUGAAGGUAAAAUUUAAGGGAUGCUUCAUUUGAUGUAAAUGUGUUAAAUUACUAUAGCUGUCCAAAUUCAAUGUGAAGUGAUCUGCACAAACAAAUGCAAGCAGAAUAUUUCACAAACAUGUUGUCAUGUAGUCAAAUGUGGUAUAAUUAUGUGUUUUAUGAUUUAACAGAGCUUUAAGAUUUUUAAUAAAAUGUUUGAAAAAGUGUG